AUGCCACGGUUACAGAAAAUGAUACUAAACCUCAGGGAUAACGAAAGACGACAUCAAGACCUCCGAAAGCGCAAUCGCAAUGAAUUUGCGAACUCGUUUCAUCUCUUGCCCCCAUCAGUGCAGAGUUUUGACCUCGUAUUCUAUAAUGACGCAACCGGAGAGACUUUCGAACCCACCAACCUUGUUCAAGGGAAACUGGAGGACCUCUUCAGUGCUCGGUUACGGGACUUUUCACAGCAGCUUACAUCACUGUCUCUGCAGUACGCUGUUGUAGGGAAAGAGUUAUUCUGGCCUGUUAAUGCCGAUGAGAAUACACAGCACCCAUAUUGGCCAAAUCUAACCAUAUUCCGCCUCAAUUUUGAACCCAGGAGCCCUUCUGGAGAGUGGUAUUUUGAACGAGACCCUAAUGAAGACGUAGGCGAUGAUGAGCGAGAGGAAAUUCCGCUCCUGUCAGUAUUUUUUCGGUCGCCUUCUCAAGACCAACGUGCACGAUUUUUGCGUUCAAAAGCAUCAGCGAAACUCAUUCAGGAAUUUUAUAUCUCAGCUGGAACGGCAGCACAGCGCAUGCCACGGCUGCAAUAUAUGGUUCUGAAGUGUUAUUCUGGUCUGAUAACUCACGAGUUUCAAUACCAGGUAGAGGAAAAAGUUGCAACAGCAACUUGGACAGACCUAGCUGGGUAUGCACCAGAGGAAUGUGUUGUGCAGGUUUGGAGGGAUGCCGCUUUCGAGCACACUGGCGUGGAAUCGAGCCUAGAGGUCAAGUUGAUAGGCAGGUGGACGGACACAACCUGA